AUGCAGUGUCGAGGGAAUUGCGGCGUGGUGACGGCUUCGAGAGCGGAGGGGGAGGGCAGCUACGAGGCGGGAGGUGGUUUCGACGAGAAGGUCUUGCAAGCUCGCGGCGGCUUGGACAAGGCGGAGUUAGGAGCGCUCGAAGAGGUAGGGCGUGGAGGGAGCCAGUGCAGUGAGACGUCGGAGCUGCAUGUACAUGACAGAGCAAAGGGAGGAAGGUCGCAGCGGCUUGGAGCUAGGAGGGCGAAUGACACCGUCGGCGGAGAGGGGCAGAGGCCGACAGGCAGAGGUGGUGACGGAGCAGAUACAUACAGAGGGAGGAAAACUUCCUUCUUCACGGAGCCAGCUGUGGGGCAGCAAGCAGAAGCUGCAAAGAGACUGCUGAUGGGCGUGGUUGGGUGGAGUGGGAACCGAACAAUUCGGCGUCUGAACCGAGUCUGCACAGUGGCCGGCCAACGGGUUGAAGGGGCACAGGAAUGCUCUCGUGAGGGAGGGAUCUGA